AUGAAUACAGAAGAUAUUCAGAAUAAUGUAUUAGAACACUUAAGAGUCCUUAAAGAGGAAUUUACCAGAUACUUUCCAGAAUAUGGUGUAGUAGACACUGAUGUUGUUAAGAAGUUAAUUCAUAAUCCUUUCACUGUCGAAGUCAACAACGUUCAAGAAGAAAUGCAAGAAGAAUUAAUAGAUCUUCAGAACGACAGCAACUUGAAGAGUUCGUUUGAAAUUAGUACAAACUUAGAAGAGUUUUGGUGUAAAAAGGCCAUGGGAUAUCCAAACAUUCGGCAAACAGCAUUACGUUUCCUCGUGGUUUUUUCAACCACAUAUUUAUGUGAGCAAGGAUUUUCUUCACUAUUAUCUAUAAAAAAUAAACAACGAAAUCGUCUGAAUCCAAGUGAUGAUAUGCGACUGGCACUAAGCAACAGCAUCGUUCCAAGAAUUUCACAACUGGUAAAAGAAGCGCGCCCUAAUAAGUCACAUUAA